AUGUCUGAAAAUAUCUUGGGGUUGCGCCAGCGGCACAGCCGGAGGCAAGCAGAGACUGAAUGGGCGCUUCCGGGCGACUAUUUGAAAACUGUGAAAGACGGGGUUGCGUCUGGCUUUUCGAGGAGAUGUGUGUCUGGAAGGCGGUUUUUAUACACAGCGGGACGGAUCAAGCAAAGCUCGACCACAGUGCCGGCGCCUCGUUGCCGAUAUCAUGACCCGGCGUCAGCCCGCCGCCCCCGGGAUGUAACGCUCGAGGUCCUGUAUGACGAGGGCGUCACCCACAACAUCACCAUGACGGGCUGCGUCGUUGUGGCGAUAUUUUUGCGGGCGCAAUGGGCGGGCUGA